UCUGCCUUGCCUUGGGGUCCUACAGUCCGCGCGGCCAGGGCGUGAGUUCCCCUGGAACUUCGUGGGACACCCCGCCAAGGGAUUCCCCUGGGAGGAGGCGCUGGAAGCUUAAAGGAGAGUACAAAUUCCAGGAAAUCCUGGCUGGACUUAAAGCAUCCGUGCACUCCUCUGAACCGCUGAGUGACGGUGACACUUUUUGCUUUCUUUGAAGACAAUGUGGAAUCCCAAUACAGGCCAGCCAGGUGCCUACCCUGGAGCACCUUGUCCUCCCAACCCUGGUUACCCAGCUGGCUACAAUCCUGCACACCCUCCUUCAGUGAAUCCUGCCUUCCCUCCAGCCCCUGUGCCUGGUGGUUCAUAUCCUGUCCCCCCAGCAGGGAUGCCAGGGCAACCUGCCUACCCACCAGGACAUCCUUUUCCGCCACCAGCAUACCCUGGGCACCAACCUGGCUAUCCGGUCCCACCUGGUGGCCCUUGCCCCCCACAUGCUCCUUGUAUGCCUGGAGGAAUGGGCAUUAACCCUUUGCUGCCCGGGGGUGUUGCCAUGGGGACCCAUAUGAUGGAUAAGAAGGCUGCCAAGAAGAUGAAGAAGAAGAUGAAGAAGGCCCACAAGAUGCACAAGCCACACAAACUCCACAAGCCACAUGGGAAGCAUUCCUCCUCCUCAUCUUCCAGCAGCAGCGACUCUGACUGAGGCCCCUGCCUGACUCCCGGCUGCAUCCCACAAAUACUGCUCCUUGCGCCACACCUCCUGCUUCCAUCCUAACUAUAAUCUACCGAACAUGUCACUGGAUGUAAAUGAAACCUGCCUGCCUUUCCUCCUACCUCAGGAGUUGGCCCAAAUGUCAAGCUUGUCCCAAUGGCACGGGGAAUCUCCUGCAGAGCACAAUGGGGGUCUGGUGUUUCUGAUUAAACAGGGUUGGUGAGAUCAGCUUGUGCACCUUCACAAUUCAGAGUGGGACAAGCUUUCUGCGUACGGGCAGUGCAGCUGCAAACAUCGCAGCUGCAGGCCUUCUGAAAGCUACUGGCAUGUUCCUGCAGCCAGUUCAAUGAAGCUGUGAGGUUUUCUGCAGGCAGUUAGUGGGUCCAAUCAAAUGAUCAUUUUAGGCUCAGGGCUGACUGCCAGGUGAUGGAUCUCAGUUGGCCCAAGUGCUUUAAAAAUUUACCCCCUUCCCCCCAAAUGAUUAUUGUCCUUUAUACACUGGCUGGGCAAAUGAAAGGAGAGGCUGUUCUAUCUGUAAACUGCACCUGGGAAACCCAAGAUGGAGUAAUGGGUUUGAUUGGGAGUAACUGUCUACCUUUGGGCGCCUCCACUGAUUUCUUAUGUGAUUUAGGGGAAUGAUUUCUUUAUAACUAUUUGCAGUGGGGGGGGGGUGAAAUUGUUUGAUCAUAUUCCAGGAAGUAUCAUCAUGGGAAAACUACACCAUGGAGCUGGUAGCUCCCGUUUGUUCGAUGGUCAUACUACAUUCACAAGUGCAAUUUUGGUGCAAAAUAGAAUGUGAUCUGAGGCACGUAGGAGCACUGGAAAGAUUUACUACGAGAGCAUGCAAUACAAUCUUGUACAUUUUAUGUAUCAGUGCAAUGCUCCAAACCAUUUCAUUUGGAAAGGCCAUAUUCUCACCAGGUUGCUGGUGCCCUGUGGGGAAUGGGCUGCUUAGAUAAUAUCCAGAUGGGCUGCCUUGCUAACAUAGAAUACAAGGAGCUGUUCACUAGCCUGCUAAAAAGCAUGGCAAGUACGUGUCUCAGCAGACUCUGCAGGCUGUCCAGGCUAAGCUGAGUGCAGCCUGCAGAAAUGUCCUAUUCAGGGACCCUCUGCCCUUUCGUGGUCCAUAGGAAAGUGUGUUGCCUGUUAAGAGGACCAUGUCUUGCUAUGACUGAUAGUAUCCUACUUUGUAAAUUUUCCCCUCCCUCCAUACGAAGUAUUGUGUCCCAUUCUGUCUAUCCUAUAUCUGUUCCUUGUUGCUUGUGUCUCAGAAAACAGAUUUUGGUUAAAUGGAAUUGCUGUGUUGCUCUUUAUAUGAAAAUUCACAAUUAAACCGUAAGAAGAGAACUAAAGUCAAA